GAUUUCCUGUGCCCAGGGCUGGUUUGGUCUCUUCUCACGGGUGCAGCCAGCGCCGGGUGCUCGCGCUCCCUCCCUCAGCUCCAGGCACUUGGAGCACUCGCACUUGCUCUCCGCGCCGUGUGGGGGAUCCGCGCUACGGGAACGGCCUCUGUGGGACUCUGACUGGGAACGUUACCAUUUUUUCUCCCGUCCGCGGAUUGGCUCCCCGGGGUCACGUGGAAUUGGAAUCCUGAGUUGUGGCUUUUGGCACUCCUUUUUCUUUUUAAAAAUCGCUUGGUCUGUUGAGUUCUCCUGGGCUUGGUUGCCUCUGGACUGAGACUGGAGACUGACGGCAACUGCCCCCGGGCAGGCUGAGGUGGCAGUAGACAAUCUGCCGGGAUGUUCACUCAGGUGCCCCGGACCCCAGCUUCAAGCUGCUACUAUCUAAAUUCCAUGACACCUGAGGGCCAGGAGAUGUACUUGCGAUUUGAUCAGACUGCAAGACGCUCUCCUUACAGGAUGAGCCGGAUUCUAGCACGUCAGCAGCUAGUGACUAAAAUCCAACAAGAAAUUGAGGCAAAGGAGGCAUGUGACUGGCUCCGGGCGGCUGGUUUCCCACAGUAUGCUCAGCUCUAUGAGGACUCACAGUUUCCCAUCAACAUUGUGGCUGUCAAGAAUGAUCAUGAUUUUCUUGAAAAGGACCUUGUAGAAACCCUUUGCAGACGACUGAACACGUUGAACAAGUGUGCCUCCAUGAAACUUGAUGUGAACAUCCAAAGGAAGAAGGGUGAAGACUCAGAUGAGGAAGAUCUCUGCAUCAGCAACAAAUGGACUUUCCAAAGAACCAGCCGCAGGUGGUCUCGCGUGGACGACCUCCACACCCUGUUCCCCGGAGGGGACAGAAAUGGGUCACUGGGAGGCCAGAGGAUGAGAAACACCACCAGCAGUGAGAGUGUCCUCACCGACCUGAGUGAGCCUGAAGUUUGCUCCAUCCACAGCGAGAGCAGCGGAGGCAGCGAGGGCCGCAGCCAGUCAGGCCAGUGUGGGGCUGACAGCCCGGUCAUGCUGGAAGCCACACUGGUCAGCAGCAACCUCCAACAGUUGCCCCAAGAGGUCCUCAGCCACCCUUUCCAUGUCAGGAAUGAGAAACCUAGCAGGGCCAGAGCCAAGUCAUUCUUGAAACGCAUGGAAACACUGCGCUCGAAGGGAUCGCACGCAAGGCUUAAGGGGCCAGGACGGACAGGUGGCCUGGUCAUCAGCGGGCCUGUACUACAACAGGAACCAGAGUCCUUUAAAGCCAUGCAGUGCAUCCAGAUCCCAAAUGGACAUCUCCAAACUUCCCCCUCCACUGCCUGCCAAAGAGGACUUCCAUGCUCUGCUAAAUCAAGCGGCGACAGCAGCCCCUCAGAAAACAGCAGCAGUGGGGUGAGCACUCCCUGCCUGAAGGAGCGGAAAUGCCACCAUGAGGCCACCAAGCGUGGGGGCAUGUACCUGGAGGACUUGGAUGUGCUGGCGGGAACAGCACUGCAGGAGGCAGAGGACCAAAACCACAGCCAUGGCUUUCACUCCCAAGAGAAUUUGCUGGUGCAUAUCCCCAAGGAUCACAAACCAGGAACGUUCCCCAAGGCACUGUCCAUAGAGAGCCUCUCACCCACAGACAAUAGCAAUGGGGUUAACUGGAGGACUGGAAGCAUCUCCCUGGGCAGGCAGCAGGACUCAGGGGCCAGAGAGCAGAGGCUCAUGGCACCCUGCCACAGAGCAAGCCGAGUCAGUAUUUAUGACAAUGUCCCUGGCUCCCAUUUGUAUGCAAGCACAGGGGACCUGCUGGACUUAGAGAAAGAUGAACUCUUCCCUCACUUAGAUGACAUCCUGCAGCAUGUCAGUGGGCUCCAGGAGGUGGUAGAUGAUUGGUCCAAGAAUGUCUUGCCUGAACUGCAAACUCAGGAUGCACUGGCUGGGGAGUCUGGCCUAUUGCCCUUCCCCUCUCCUAAUCAGAUCACUUUGGACUUUGAAGGCAACUCAGUCUCAGAGGGCCGGACAACACCCAGUGAUGUAGAGAGAGAUGGUGCAUCUCUGAAUGACACUGAGGUCCCUGGGGUCAGAGAAAGGAGGGACUCUGGUGUGGGAGCCUCUCUGACCAGACCAAACAGGCGACUCCGAUGGAACAGCUUCCAGCUCUCACACCAGCCCCAGCCCUCACCGGCAUCGCCCCACAUAAGCAACCAGACGGCUGGCCAGCUGAACCUGCUCCAGCGCUUCUCCCUGCUUCGCCUCACGGCCAUCAUGGAGAAGCACUCCAUGUCCAACAAGCACGGCUGGACAUGCCUCUUCCCACAGUGCACCCCAGGGGGCUUGCAUGACCUGCUUUCUGUGAAUUCUAGGUCAGUUCCAAAGUUCAUGAAGAGGAUGAAAGUUCCUGAUUACAAAGACAGGGCUGUUUUUGGCGUUCCUCUCAUAGUCCACGUCCAGAGGACAGGACAGCCCCUGCCCCAGAGUAUCCAGCAAGCACUAAGAUACCUGCGCAGCAACUGCCUGGACCAGGUGGGUCUUUUUCGCAAAUCCGGAGUAAAGUCUCGAAUCCAUGCCCUGCGACAAAUGAACGAGAAUUUCCCUGGACACGUCAACUAUGAAGACCAGUCUGCGUAUGAUGUGGCGGAUAUGGUGAAACAGUUCUUCCGGGACCUCCCAGAGCCCCUUUUCACCAACAAGCUCAGUGAGACCUUCCUCCACAUUUACCAAUAUGUCCCCAAAGAGCAGCGGCUGCAGGCGGUGCAAGCCGCCAUCCUGCUCCUGGCCGACGAGAACAGGGAAGUGCUGCAGACACUCCUGUGUUUCCUGAAUGAUGUUGUCAACUUGGUGGAAGAGAACCAGAUGACGCCCAUGAACCUGGCUGUGUGCCUAGCCCCCUCGCUCUUUCAUCUUAACCUACUGAAGAAAGAAAGCUCUCCCAGAGUCAUCCAGAAGAAAUAUGCCACCGGGAAGCCAGAUCAAAAGGACCUCAAUGAGAACCUGGCUGCCGCACAGGGCCUGGCCCACAUGAUCAUGGAAUGUGACAGACUUUUUGAGGUGCCACAUGAGAUGGUGGCCCAGUCUCGUAAAUCCUAUAUGGAGGCAGAGAUCAAUGCACCAACCCUGGAAGACUUGGGCACGCAACUGGAGGAAAGUGGAGCAACGUUCCACACUUACCUGGAACACCUCGUCCAUGGCCUCCAGAAAGAAGCCAAGGAGAAGUUCAAAGGCUGGGUCGCGUGCUCCAGCACUGAUAACACAGAUCUUGCCUUCAAGAAGGUCGGGGAUGGCAACCCGCUGAGGUUAUGGAAGGCCGCAGUGGAGGUGGAGGCGCCACCCUCGGUGGUGUUGCAUCGUGUGCUAAGAGAACGACAUCUGUGGGAUGAGGACUUUGUGCAGUGGAAGGUGGUGGAGACCCUGGAUAGGCAAACAGAGAUCUAUCAGUAUGUGGUGAACAGCAUGCCUCCCCACCCUUCCAGAGACUUCGUGGUUCUCAGGACCUGGAAGACUGAUUUGCCCAAAGGGAUGUGCACCCUGGUGUCCCUGUCUGUGGAGCAUGAAGAAGCCCAGCUCAUGGGCGGAGUGCGGGCUGUGGUGAUGGAGUCUCAGUACUUGAUAGAACCCUGUGGCUCUGGCAAGUCGCGGCUGACCCACAUCUGCAGGAUAGACCUGAAAGGUCACUCCCCGGAAUGGUACAGCAAAGGCUUCGGACACUUGUGUGCAGCGGAAGUAGCCAGAAUCAGGAACUCUUUUCAGCCCCUCAUUGCUGAGGGUCCAGAAACGAAAAUCUGAGUUUUCCCAGCGUGACAUCAAACUCAGGGAAGAGGAAGAGAAAGCAAAUGGUAAUGACAGAGAGUGUGCGCAUGAGAAAGCCAGAGAGAGCAAGUGGCUGACCGACAUAGUAUUGCUUAAGAAUGGAUGCAGUGAAAAGCAGUCGGCAUGAUGAGGACACAAGAAUUUCAAAAGGAACUUUUCUGGCCUUCCUGGAGAUGGCUACAUCCAUACUAAUAGAAUAUUUUUAAAUAUUAGAGCAUUUAUCUAUAUUACUUAAAAUUCAGUGGACUAUUCCUUGUGCAUUGCCUAAUUUUGUAUUUAAAGGCUUCUAAGAAGCAUAUACUGCAUUGUAAAUAAAUGUAUGUGUAACAUUUGUAUAUAUACAUGUGUAUAUCUCCAUCUUUGCUGUAAAUAUGUAAGAUACUCAUUUUAUAUAUGUCUGUUUUGAAACAGAAUGUCUGACUCGGUGAGUCCUUUCCUCACAUAGCUCUUCCCAAGUUCCUCUGGGUCCCAUCUCCCUGUUGUCCUAGAAGCUGAGCAGAACCUGCUGCUAACACCAAAGUGUGAGAAUGUGUCGUCCAACAGGCUGCCAUGAUGUCUAACCAAAGAUCAGCUAACCAAAGGAAAAUACCAUUUAAAAGGUUCUGACGCCUUGUCGAUUUGCUCCUGCCAACCAAGUACUGAGGGUGGAGUGCUGGGAUGGAGUGAGGGGAAGAACUUACUUCUUUAAUACAAAGCAAUGGUGAAAAGUCAUUACCAAAUUGAAGUGGCGUUGGCCAACUGGCACUGGGCCCCCCAGAUGUGAUUUCAGUGAGAUGUCAGACACUGAGGGACCACUGUGUCAUGCCAGUGACUGAGACACUACCGUGCCCCAACUAGAAGUGAGCAGACCACCCUUCACAUCUUCAUGGCAAUGAUGAUCUCUGCAUGGUCUCAGGUUUCCAUAGAGACAAGGGUACUUCAAAAAGUUCAAGAGAAACGAGAGU